AUGCGACCGAAAAGCCGCAACGAUUUUGCGAUCGCGAUCAUUUGUGCCCUUCCCCUGGAGGCUGACGCUGUUGAGACCCUGUUCGACGAACAUUACGAUCGACUAGGAAAAUACUACGGCAAACAACCCAGCGACGCGAAUGCGUACAUCAAUGGAAGGAUUGGCAAACAUGACGUGGUCUUGUGCUAUAUGCCAGAAAUGGGAAAGAGAAGUGCAGCAGGUGUUGCCUCUAGCCUGAAAAUCAGCUACAGGGGUGUCAAGCUUGCUCUGGUGGUUGGUAUUUGUGGGGGUGUGCCUUCUCCACCUGACUAUCAAGAGAUAUUCCUAGGUGAUGUGAUUAUCGGCGAUUCCGUGAUCGAAUAUGAUUUCGGCAGGCAAUACCCUGGUGGUUAUCGAAGGAAAACUGGCGUUAAAGACACGCUGGGGAGGCCAGUUCAAGAGAUUCGGACACUUUUGAACGCCCUCCGUGCUGAGAAUUCCCGCAGCGAACUUCAUAGUCGGACACAACAAUACCUUCAAGUUCUCCAGCAAAAAGCGGCGAGGUGGAGUCAUCCCGGAGUCAGCGAUGUCCUUUUCAGGGCUUCCUACCUUCACAAACAUUAUAAUCACCCUUCUCCUGCCGAGUGUUCCUGCUUUGAAAGCGACUCACCGGAAAGAGUUUGUGAGGAGGCGUUAGGAAGGGACUGUGACGAGAUUGGUUGUGAUCGUAGCCAACAAAUUCGAUGUCGAGAGGCUUCAGGCGCCAAUCAACCCUCAAUAUAUAUUGGACCAGUUGCUUCUGCCGACACGGUGAUGAAGUCCGGACAGCAUCGAGAUGAAAUAACCGGGAGAGAGAAGGUCAUAGGAUUCGAGAUGGAGGGAGCAGGGGUAUGGGACAACGUCCCAUGUAUCAUCAUCAAGGGGGUGUGUGACUAUGCCGAUAGCCACAAGAACAAGCUGUGGCAGGCGUACGCCGCUGCGACCGGAGCUUCGGUGGCAAAAGCUUUCUUGGAGUACUGGGUGCCUGAAAGGCGCGAAGGUCCCGCUGAUAAAUUGUCAGCCAGCCACCUUGUUUUCAGGAAUAUUCCUUUUCCAAAGAACGAAGGCUUUGUUGGCCGUGAUGGACAGCUUCGUCAGCUUGAAGAGCUGUUGUUUUCCCCAGGCCACCAACAGAAGGUUGCAAUCACCGGCCUCGGCGGAGUCGGUAAAACACAGAUUGCACUCGAAUUUGCGUACCGAACCCAGCAGUCGCGACCAGACUGCUCGAUUUAUUGGAUUCCAGCUACGAACUUUGAGUCCCUGCAACGAACGUAUUUCUACAUUGCCCAGCAGCUACAGUUGCCAGGACUUGAGGAAGAGGGAGCGGAUGCCAAGAAGCUUGUCAAGGACUACCUCUGCGACAGUAGCGCGGGCGAAUGGUUGCUGAUAUUCGACAAUGCGGACGAUAUUGACAUGACAGGCAGCGUACUUUUCACCACGCGUUUCAAGAAAGUCGCCUCUAAGCUCGCGAUGCAAAAUGUGAUCAGAGUCCCAGAACUAGACGAGGCUAGAGCGCUAGAUCUUCUUAGUGAGCGGCUGGUGGAUAAGUCUCUGUUACAAGAUGGAGAUCAAUCUGCGCUGCUUUUAAAGCAGCUCACUUACCUCCCGUUGGCAAUCGUACAGUCUGCUUCUUAUAUCAAUGAGAACUGUCUGAGUUCACUUGCGGACUACCUAUCACUCUUAUCCGCAAAGGAAGAAGAGGUGAUUGACCUGUUGAGUGAAGAAUUUGAAGAUGAUUGGCGUCCUCACGAUACUACGAAUCCAAUGGCCGCCACGUGGCUUAUAUCUUUCGAGCGUGUACAGCGUACCAAUCGCCUCGCUACUGAUAUCCUGUCCUUCAUGGCAUGCAUAGAGCCGACAGAUAUUCCGGAGUCCGUUCUGCCACUACCGCAAGUGGAAUCCCGUAAGGCAUUGGUCGAAUCCAUCGGGAUGCUGGAGGGAUAUGCCUUUGUGACCAGGCGGCCUACCAAAUCAUUCGACCUGCAUCGGCUUGUUCACCUUGCGACGCGAAAUUGGCUGAGGAAGACUGGAAGCCUAUCAAACUGGACCCUCACAACACUUACAAGACUGGAAGAGAUAUUCUCUAACGAAGAUCAUACAAACAGAGACAAGUGGAAGACCUAUUUACCCCACGCACUAGGACUUUUGAGAAAGGAGGAGGUACAAGGCAUUAGGCAAAGAUAUGAGCUGCUCUACAAAGUUUCGAUGUGCCUUCUAGCGGAUGGUCGAGCGAUGGAAGCCGUUCAAUACCUUGAAGAACGUUGCAACUGGCAGAAAAGAGAAUAUGACGAAGAGCACCCCUCUCGACUUACUUCUCAGCAUGCGCUCGCUGGUGCAUAUCGAGCCAAUGGACAGAUCAAGCAGGCAGUGGAGCUUCUGGAGCAUGUGGUUGCA